UUUUUCAAUUCGUUGGUAGUUUUAUCGACGACGAACAUAGAAACACAGACACUUGCAAACACACAUCAUCAUCAUCAUUAACAUUAAUAUUUAAUAUCGAAACGAGACGAUCAGUAAAUUUCAACUCAUGGCCAUGGUCAAAACUUUGAAUUUUUUCCUCAUCAUUUUUUUCAUCACUUUUGAUUUGAAUUUUAUUUUUUCUUCGGAGAAACAAGAACAAAAAUGUCCUGAAAAAUGUCCGAACAAUGAACCAUACUCACCAGUAUGUUCAUCGAAUGGUACGGUUUUCGACACUGAAUGUUCUAUGCAUCUUUUGUCUAAUUGUAGCCUAAGCGUGAGUGAUUGGGAAGAAUGUCGUGGAUUACAUCCAUUAUGUCCGGCGGAUUGUUUAGAUAUUCAGGAUCCAGUUUGUGCAGAUGAUAAUAAAAUCUAUCCGAAUAAAUGCGUGAUGCACAAACGUAAUUGUGGAAAAUUGAUCCGGGAGCGUCCGAUUCUAUUCUGUCUUGGAAACAAUGCUCGAAAGUCCAGACAGGAUCAUUGUCCGGACAAUUGUCUUGAAUUAUAUAAACCUGUUUGUGGAAGUGAUGGUCAAGUCUAUCUGAAUGAAUGUUAUUUGAAAAUGCAGAAUUGCGACAAUGGAAUCGAAAAGGUAGAUAUGAGCGAAUGUGCAACGGCUUCAAAAUGUCCAGCCUAUUGUAUUCCAAUCUAUGAUCCAGUUUGUGGAUCGAAUAAAAAAAUCUACCUUAACCAAUGUAUGAUGCUAAGAGAGAAUUGUAAUGCCACCAUCAGGAAUAUGCCAUUACAAUUUUGUGUUGGCGACGAUGUUGACAAAUUAUAACAACAAAAAUUUUUUCAACAUUCAAAUUUUUUUUUAAUUUUUGAUUGAAAUAUAAUUCAUCAUCAUUUUUUGUGAAUGCAAAUAAAAUUGAUUAUUAUAAUAAAAAUCUGAAUGUACGAAAAAGCCUAU